UCCUCACUCCUCAGUCAUCCAUCAAGCGGUCUGCUGGAUAAACGUUUAAUUUGUUUGCUUUUGCCAUCGGCAUUCGUCUUUAAAUAAUGUUUCUAUAGUGUGCCAUAAUCUUAUCCUCCAAUAUCAUUGGUUGAUAACUUAUCGUAAAGUAUGACGCGUUGAUAGCUGUUAAUGUUCUCAUAGUGAUUAUAAUUUUACAGUGCGCGGGUGUGAUGAGUGAGUUUUGAACUUGAUACCAAAGAAACCUUAAUUUUACCGUUACUUCGUCAUGUCGUUAUUUAAGAAGAAAACUUCUAAAUACGCGUCUCCACCGGUGCCGCCCCCUCCUGUGGAAGAAGUGCACAAUCAAUCUAACGGUGUUGAUAACAACAAUGGACAAAAGACACAGUUAGUGUUUCAUUGUCAACAGGCACAGGGAAGCCCCCUUGGCUUAAUAUCAGGAUUUGCUAAUGUCAAGGAACUGUAUCAGAAAAUUGCAGAAUGUUACGACUUCCCUCCCGAAGAUAUUUUGUUCUGCACGUUGAACUCGCACAAGGUGGACAUGAAGAAACUCUUAGGCGGACAAAUUGGAUUAGAAGACUUUAUAUUCGCACACAGAAAAGGUCGACCAAAGGAAAUUGAAAUUGUCAAAACGGAAGACUCGCUCGGCUUAACCAUUACUGACAAUGGUGCUGGCUAUUCAUUUAUUAAGAGGAUAAAAGAAGAUUCAAUUGUAUCACGGAUACCGCAUAUAGAAGUUGGAGACCACAUCGAGAGGUUAGAAGGUGAGAGCAUGGUUGGAAAGAGGCACUAUGAAGUAGCGAAAUUACUUAAGGAAAUACCUUUAGGAACUACCUUUACUAUUAGACUCGUUGAACCACUGAAGAGCGGCUUCGGCAGUAUCGGACCUAAAAGUGGUUCAACUAGAUCCGGAAAAAAGAGUUAUGGUUCAGGAAAAGAAACCUUACGAUUUAAAGCCAAUGGACAAGCGACGAUAGAAAAUGAGCAUGAUGACAAAUCGAAGGCUGGAAUAGAGAAAAUAAACGAACUAUUAGAAUCAUUCAUGGGCAUUAACGACACAGAACUCGCCACCCAAAUGUGGGAUCUCGCUGAAGGCAAAGCGAACUCGAUGCAACUGGCCGAUGCUAUUGAUAAUAGCGAUUUGCAAGAAUUCGGAUUUACCGAUGAAUUCAUCAUAGAACUAUGGGGUGCAAUUACCGAUGCCAGAUCUGGACGUCUUAGUUAAUUAUUUUAAAUGAAACAACUGUAAUCCUAGUAUAAUGAUCAAAUUAAAUAAACUGGCAAUAUUCGCCUGUCAAUCUGUGCUGUCACGUUAAACUGUUGAACCUUUCCCGCCUUUUUCGAAACUAAUUUGCCAUCUACACGACACUGGCGAAGUACCUUGUGCCCAGUUGGCACAAAUUAAAUCCA